AUGUGUGGAUGGAUAGAUGUAAAGGUGGCAGUGGUUUCGGAGUGUUCCCACAGUAAUCACGAAUGCUCUGAAUGCUGUACAGAGUCGGAGCCGCCGCCGGAGCAGGGGUCGCACUUGGCAGUCCCAGUCACGCCUCCCCUCUCCCGGCCUGACCUCUGUGGGCUGGGAGACUACAACCAAUCAAAAGUCGACACUCACACAACACAUCAGCGACUCCGUAAAGCCAGGAGUGCAGCACCAUCCAUCUCCGUGUCGGCGAGUUAUGGAUAA